CGUCACUCUAGAUUCCUGGGGCCCGGGACUGGGGUUAAGGGAGGCUGGGAGUAGCAUCCAACCCCUCCCCGAGUUCUCCCUCCCCUUUCCCGACCGGGUUCCCCCCCCCCACCUCCCUGGGGACUCCCGGCAUGGAGGGAGUUGGGAGAAGGACCCGCCUUCAGUCGUCCCUGGGAAGGGGCGGGUAGGCGCUCUGGGCGGGGCGAGAAGAGGCUAGGGUGGGAACGUGGGGAGCUAAGGCAGCCGGUGAACAGACCGAUCCAGCCCUGGACCAUGGCCUCCAAAUGCUCCAAGUGCGACAAAACCGUGUAUUUCGCGGAAAAAGUGAGCUCCCUGGGCAAGGACUGGCAUAAAUUUUGUCUCAAGUGUGAGCGUUGCAACAAGACAUUGACACCUGGAGGGCAUGCAGAGCACGAUGGGAAGCCGUUUUGCCACAAGCCCUGCUACGCCACGUUGUUUGGGCCUAAAGGUGUAAACAUUGGGGGCGCAGGCUCUUACAUCUAUGAGAAGCCACAGGCAGAGGAGGCUCCUGUCACUGGCCCUAUUGAACACCCAAUUCGAGUCGAGGAUCGGAAAGCCAGCGGCCCCUCCAGAGGGCCCAGCAAAGCAUCCAGUGUCACAACCUUCACUGGGGAGCCCAACAUGUGUCCUCGAUGUAACAAGAGGGUCUAUUUUGCGGAGAAGGUGACAUCCCUGGGAAAAGAUUGGCACCGGCCUUGCCUUCGCUGUGAGCGUUGUGGAAAGACACUAACACCUGGUGGACACGCAGAGCAUGAUGGACAACCAUAUUGCCAUAAGCCUUGCUAUGGAAUUCUGUUUGGACCAAAGGGAGUGAACACUGGGGCAGUGGGGAGCUACAUCUAUGACAAAGACCCUGAAGUUAAGGACCAGCCGUAGGAGGUCCUAACCCUUCCACACGAUGCCCAGCCUGCUGUUCUCAAUUUUUCUAGGGGAGUAAGCACCCUCACCAUUUG